GUGAUUGGAUGUAUUAAGACAAUGGUGAACAAAGCAUGUAGUUCUCAUAAGUAUUGUGCUGAACAGUUGCAAAAUUACAGCUGGCAUUCUGGGAAAGCAGCAGCAUGUACCUAUUCAACUAAGGACUGUGAUCUCUUGAGCAGCAUUAAAAAUUCAAAUAGAUCUCGCAGCCCAUCACCACCUCCACUGUCACCUGUGCAGAGUAAAGAAUUUGAAUCAUCGGAAGGAUCGGUUAUAGAUUUCCCAACUUUAGACAACAACAAGUUUGAAAUAUCUGUCAACCAGCCUCCAUCCCUCUUGCCAGCUGAAGGAAGCAACGGAAAAUUUGAAUAUGAAAGUAAAACAUGCAAAGGAAAAGGGACAAUGUUGCUAUCAACAGACCAAGAAAGCAACAACUAUUAUAUAAAUCCUGAGAAGGCUGAGAAAGGUGAACAUUCAGCCAUUUUUCAAGAUUUAAUGGACCGCAUUAAUGAAAAGCUAAAAUCAAUAGACACUACAGAUAUAGCAACAAAUCUUGUAAAACUCUCUAACAGUGACAGGACACCAGAAAACGAUGUCAAAUUAGGAGACUUCAUAACCUCUCUUUUGCAUAAUGCUAAGGCAAGUGAUUACAGCUUUAUGGAGUUACUUCGCCAACAUGAUAAACAAAUGGAAAAUAACAUCAUCCAAACAAGAUUUCGCAAGCGUCAGGAAACUUUAUUUUCAAUGUAUAAUUCUCCUGAUUCACCAUUCAUUCGACGACAGUCUUUGCAAAUCAAGAGGCAGCUUGCAAGCCUUGAUGAAACCCUUGUAAGAAAAAAGUCAAUUUCUGAGAGAAAUGCAAAGAAAUACACCAGAAAAAUCGAUAAAAUAUAUCCAAAUAAAAGACACAGUUUUACUGUGAUAGAAGAGGAGGCUUUGCAACAUCUUGAAAAUAACCCAUGCAUGAAUUGCCAAACCAAACCAAGGUGCUUUCCACUACACCAAACAGAGUCUUUCAAACUACCUCUUACUAAUUUCCACACGAGCUCUGACUUUCUAGUUCUUUCAGAAAACAGUGCUAUUGCAGCCAGACAGGCGAAACUCGCAAAAACGCAAGGAGAUUGUGUAACCUUAAGUGAGACUGGUCAAAUGCCUCUACAGGAUGAGAGUAAUGGAAUCUUGGGCAGAACUAAACGUAAUAUUGUGCCUCCUGGAUGGUACUCUGUGUAUGUAACAAAUAAUAUUGUAAUUAGAAAGUCAUCUAAUGCAAAAAAUUCUUUUGAGAGUUUGGAAAAAAUGAAACUAAAUAAAGAUGUUCAUGCUGAAAGAUGCAAUGACAUAAAUAUCAGCAAAAUUGUGAGAGAUACAGAUCUGCAAGUUGUUGUAGAGCGUUUAGAAGAUACAAUAAGCUUAGCCAGAAAGACUAACAACUCAUUGUUGGAUAGUUACAGAAUAAGCCAAAAAGUUAAUGCAUAUGAACAGGUUAUGAACCCAGGUGCUAGAAGAGACUUGCCUUUCACUGUGAGUGAAAUGGGAUGCAAAGGACAAAGCUUACUUCCACAUUCAUAUGUGCCAAGCAGCAGUAAAAUCAAAACCGUGUGUGUGACAACAAACAAACAAGAAAUGGUUAUACAUCAAGAAAUAAAUGACAGCCUUUUGAAAUCUCUGACCUUUAAUUCAUCUGGUUCAGCUUCCAACAAUGGGGACUUAAAUACAACUUCUGAAGCUGGGGAGAUCUCAUCUCCCUUAAACUACUCCAGUCCUAUUAAGCUUAUGUUUGUCUCAGAGGUUAAUAGUAGUGAAGGAGUCAAAUAUACUUUGACAUCUGCAGCUGCAUCUUCUAAAGGAAGCACAGAUAUUUGUUUAUUUCAGGGGCACUCAAACACUUUGUUAGACAAACAGGUCACAGGAGAUCUUUCUCAUGCAAUCUGUGUCAAAGAUUGUGAUUACAGUGAAAAUGAGACCAAGGAGGAGUCAAGUUGUGUUUAUGCAGAAGCAGUUACAAGCUCUUGUCCAAUUGGUCAAACUACCUUAGAUGACUCAAAACAGAAUGAGGAAGUUGUGGAGAAACCAAGCAGUAGCAGUGAAUUGGUUUUAAAAAGAAAACCUGGUAGACCAAAGAAAAUAGGUCCUCAAGUUGUUAAGCAGGUUAAGAGACCUAUUGGACGGCCUCCUAAACCAAAAGUAGACAUGACUGAAAGUGCAGAACCUAGACCUAAACUUAGUAGUGAUGGUAAAAAUACCAACUUGAGUGCAGGAGUAAUGGAAGACGUUAACAGCAACAAAAAUAUUACUGUGACAGUUGUUUUUGGAAGGUCAAGAAGAACUAAAAGGCAUGUUUCUGAAAGUAAUCUAAAUGUAAUUAGCUUUCUGCCCACACAACACAUUGAUUCGAAUUUUGCUAAUGACCACAGCAAAGUGAGGCACAAUGUGGAGACUGAAAACGCUUUUACUGAAAUAGUAAAAGCCUUACAAAAUUCUUCUACUGAAAACGAGGUCUCUGGUUAUGACUAUGUCAGACCUAUCAAGAGUAACCUAGCAUCACCACAUCCAAGCAGCAAUAUCAUACGGCCUAUUAAGAAACCGCUAACCACCAUUCGUAAACCCGGCAGGCCAGCAAAAGUAAAGAUCUCCGGCAUAUCUGUGACUGUUAAUAGAGUUUCACCUCAGGAAAGAAAAGUGAGCAUUAGCAACUGUUUGCCUCCUUUGCAACAGCAGAGUGUGUUAGAAAAAAACGUACCACAGGAGAGGAAAAAUCAACUGUGCAGUAAUAUGGGUCAAGUAAAGAGCAUGCAGAAAGAUUCUAGAGAGGAUGGAUCAAGCAAUGUUAUUACAACAGUGUCAAGAAAACAUGAAAUUCCAUCGAGACAUUCUGCUAGAGACAGAAAACCCUCGCUGCACUUUUUACAUUCAUUAGCAUCUUCUAGUGCAUUUACUUGUAGAAGUGCCUUACUACAUAAAUCGUACAAACUCCAUUUGAAAAAAGCUAAAGAUCGAAAGGAAAAACAUAGGCAAUCAAAUCAGAGCACAGCAUCCAAAGAUACCUCAGAACUGAGAAAUUCAGGAAAUGCAAAAAUGGAUCUUAAGGAUGGUGAAUUCGGGCCCAUUAAUGAAGUGUCGUCGGACCCCAUUUUUUCAUCUAAUCCUUCUCUCAGGUGGUGGCCUACUUCCACUUCAAGUGACACUUUGUUGGAAGAACUAAACAAUAGAUUUGAACAGAUAACUAAUACCUGGUUGCGAGUGGGGGGAAAUGAGUUUGAUAAAUGUGCAUGUGAAAAAAGGGGUCCCGUUGAACAAGACUGUGACACUGAAAUGUCAAACCCUUUAGACUCCUGCCUUGUAGAACUUGAAACAUCGCCUAUAAAAAUGCUUUUUCAGAAAAAGUGUAAUAUGAAUGAACUCUGCACCUGGUUUAUGCAAACUACAGAAACACAGUCUCUCUCUCUAGUGAGAAAGGCGAAUGCUCGCAAUCCUUUAGAAGUAGUUAGUACUAGAGAGAUAAAGAUGGAAGCUAAACAAUCUGAUCUUAAUACUUGCCCUUUCAGAAAGCACUUUAAAAAGUUUGCACUAUCCUCACCUUCCAAACCAGCAGGGAAAUUACGGAUACUACAUAACAUGGUGAGGUCUCCAGUCUUAAGCAUGAAAAGUAAUUUCACAUUAGCCAGAUUAAAAAGAAAUGAGUUUAAGAAGCUACGGCAUGAUAGGUGGGGACAGAUGAAAAAGCUCUAUAACCAGGCUCCUGGAGGCUGGAAAUCAAAAAAGAAAAAUCUGCAGUUCUUUUGCCAAAGCCAGUUGUUUAAAAGUACAAGUGGGGAAGCCAAUGAUGAAAUGCCCAAGAUCCAGGAAAAAAACACAGUAGAAAUCCAGCCCCCUCAGACUUGGGUAGAAUCUCAGAGUAGCCUCUUGCCAACUGAAAAUGAAGCCAGAGAUGCAUUUGUUCAACAGAUGAUGGGAUCUUCUGAGUUUAACCCACAUCCUGGUUUAGCAAAUAUACUUAAGUCACAUGCAGAGACAAACGGAACAGUUUGUUGCCAACAGAAUGUUAGAAAAGAACAAAGCCAAGAUAAAUUGUUUCAAAAUACUUGGAAAGCCAAAACCUUUAAAGACUGUAGGAUAUUUCUGAAAAAAAUCAACCAUAUUGAGCAGCACAAUUCAUUUAAGUUAAAUAAUGUCAUUUAUUCUCCGGAAGCUGUUGAAAGUAAAAGCACUCAGUCCUAUAUGGAAGAAAAAAGACAUCCUCUUUUGAGGUCGCAUUCUACUAAACAAAAUACAUUAAAGAAACAAGAAAAUGAAAUGGAAAUGUCUAAAGGAUCCAAUUCUUCUGAAGUGACUGAAAGGCUGGAUGACCAGUUUCACAGCACAAAAUUUAGAGGUGUAAACUAUGAUGAUAAUCCUGCUGGUAGUUCAGAAGUUCUUAUCAGAAUAAACAAAAGAAAAAGUCCACAAUGGGAGACCACUGAUACAAAUAUAAGAAAAAGGCAUAAAAGACAAUCAUGCAGUAGUGGACAAAUGGCAACUUAUUACCCAAAGUACCAAGUAGGGUGUGGAUUUAUCACGGAUGCAAAGGAGGCUGUGGACCUACUACAGCAGCAGGCAGAACUGAGCUUACGGCUUAAAGCAGAGCUUCAGCCGCUGUUAGGAAAGGAUGAAGGUCGAUCAACACAGCCUGUGGUGAUUGUAAAUUUGUGA